UGUGAUAUUAUUAAAACAAAUCAUGAUAAUGAAUGUUCCAAUACGAUUCAAAGUAGGAGAGUUUCAGAGUUUUAGUUGGUUAUACAGUGCUGCACCUUGUUUUCCUGUGAGUGCUACCAAAGUAUCAAUUUCUGAAGACCCUAAGAAGUUCUACGACACCUUAUGCGAUAGGUUUGGAAAUGCUAAAAACAGAAUAUCAGUAGCCAGUCUAUAUGUUGGAAAUGGGAACUUAGAAAAUAAUCUUCUUGAGAGUGCAAAAGAAAACUUAAUAAAUAGAAAAACUUUAACUUUAAGCCUACUAUUAGAUUAUCAAAGAGGAACUCGUGGUAACCAAAACUCAGUAACUUUAUUUCAGAAAUAUUUCCUUGAUUUGUCUGAACAAUGUAAACUGUAUUUAUACCAAACUCCAAGGCUUCAGGGAUUAUGGUCCAAAGUUCUGCCAUCAAGAUAUAAUGAAAUUGUAGGAUUACAACAUAUGAAACUAUACAUAGUUGAUGACAGAGUUUUACUGAGCGGUGCAAAUUGUUCAAAUGACUACUUCAUGCAGAGACAAGACCGCUAUAUAGAAAUAGAUGAUCCUGAUCUUGCCAACUUCUAUAGAGACAUUAUAGAUGAGGUGAGCAAAUACAGCAAAAGAUAUGAGAAUCAAGAUAUUGUUAGUGAUAAGAAAUUGACAAAAGAGAAAAUGAUUCAAGAUAUGAAGAAUAAUAUUUGUAAUGUCAUAUACAAGUGGCAGCAGUUGCAGCUCUCAAAAUUGUCUACAAGUGGAGAUUCAAGUUUGGACACUUGGGUGUUCCCACUCAUACAAAUGGGAGAGUUCAACAUAACACAAGAUGAAUAUGUUACUAGAAAGUUGAUGGUGUCCGCGCCAAAAGGCUCUCACCUACAACUUGCAACUGGAUAUUUUAAUCUCACAGAGCAAUAUACGCGGACGCUUCUCGAUCAAUGUAAAGCAAAUGUAAGCCUGUUAAUGGCACAUCCAAAUGCUAACGGCUUUCUGGGAGCUGCGGGACCAGCAGGAGGAAUACCAUUUGCAUAUUCGUUAAUAGCUAAACAAUUUUGGCAAAGGGUUGUUGAUUCGAAUCAAGCAAGUCGAAUAAGGAUGUUAGAAUAUGAACGUCCUGGGUGGACGUUUCACGCGAAAGGCUUAUGGUACUACCCGCCGGGUAGUGACGUGCCGUGGGCGACUGUAAUAGGCUCUGCGAAUCUCGGGGAGCGGUCAGUGAAACGCGACCUCGAAGCGCAAGCCGCCAUUUUCACCGUAUCGCCUGAAUUACAGGCGAGGCUUCAGCAAGAGACCAAGAGACUACACAGUUACUCUAAAGAGUGCGGAGAGGAGCUUUUAUCUAGAGAAACUCCGAAGUGGGUGCGUGCGACAGUCAAACUGUUCAGAACAUACUUUUAAUUUGUUAGAAGUGAAAUAAAUUUUAGUUAAAAGCUAAUGAAAUAAAGCUUUUUUAUCAAUUGA